AUGGAGAAAGUGCCAAUCGAAACGGGUAAAGAGACCUUGAUCGAGAUUGAGAAGGGCGGCCGAGGCCUAGGACUGUCGCUAGUUGGAGGCUCAGACACGGUGCUCAGCUCAAUAGUCAUUCAUGAAGUUUAUCCGGAUGGAGCGGCCGCCUUCGAUGGACGAUUGAAGACGGCGGAUCAGUUGUUGGAAGUGAGUUUUUUGGCGGGAAAUUUGAAUUUUAAAAAGUUUAGGUAGGAAGAUGGCCAAAAUUUUUGGAAAAAUUUGAUUUGUAAAGAAAGUUCUUGUCAUUUUACGUUUUGUAAAGAAAGUUAUGGCCAUUUCAAGUUUUGUAAAGUUUUUGCUUAAAAUUUAAUUUUUUUUAGAUUUUUUGAAAUUUUUAAAUAUUUUUGAAAUUUCAGGUAAACGGUCAAUCCCUACGCGGUCUAACCCACGAACAAGCCAUAUCAAUCUUGCGACGAACACCAGCCAAAGUCCGUCUUCUAGUCUACAGAGAUGUGAACGUUCAGUUGUCAUUACUAGACCCACCAUAUAUGAUACAUGAUCUAGAGCUGGUCAAAAAGCCUGGCAGAGGAUUGGGCAUCUCAAUUGUGGGCAGAAAAGACGAACCUGGAGUUUAUAUAUCAGAAAUUGUGAAAGGAGGGCUAGCCGAAGCUGAUGGACGACUAAUGCAGGGGGAUCAGGUGGGUAUUUGAAGUUGAUAAGCUAGAAGAGCCGGCUAAAGAAUACAAUUAGAACAGAGUUAAGGAAGAACUAAGGUAGUUCGGAAAAGGUAUGGUUAGGGCAGGGACGUCGCUACGAUUUGUCUCUGGGGGGGGGGGGGGAUGUCACCCCGAACCACCCUCUCCCUACUCCAAACGACGUCCCUGGGUUAGGGUAAGGUUAAGAUAGAGUAUUGUAAGAGUUGCAGAUUCGUCACUUUAAAUAUUAUUUCAACGUAAAAUACGAAAAUCCUUUCUAUGUUUGAAUAAUACAAAAAAUUCUUAAUUUCAGAUACUGAAAAUCAAUAAUGUAGACGUGUCAACUAAAAUGCAGGAAGAUGUCGCAGCAAUGUUUAAGGUGAGUUUUAUGACAUUUUUUACAAAAACAUUGAAAAAAAUGUCAUUUUUAUCAAGUUUGAAAAAAAUUAAAUUUUGAAAAAUUUGAAAUUUUAAAAACUUGAUUUUAAUUCUAACAUAAAAAAACCUACUACUUCCAUUUCCAGACGAUAUCCGGCAAACUAUCGAUCCGCGUCGGCCGAUGGAAGCUGGGCGAGGCCGCGAAUCGAUUUCAACACAUUUCACGAACCUCGAACCCACCAUCAACCGCCACCUCACCCAACCUCCAACGAGCACCAGCCACAGUACCAGCAGCAGCACCACAGAGCCCUCUCGCCGCCGCACCAGAGCCUACGACGAAUGGCACUUCGGGAGUGAAAAUGACACCUGGAGAUGGAGAUGAAGAUCGAAGGGUACCAUCUCCUGCUCCCGCACCUUCUUCCGGAGGCUAUAUGGCUGCGCCAGACGUACCACAGGUUUUGGUACAGGAUGAGACGGCUACACGAGGCGAAUUGUCACCAGUCACGGAGGAGCCGGGCAGUAGCAGUGAUUUGGUAAGUGCCAUUUUUUAAUUUAAUUUUCAAUAAAAAAAUUUUUUUUUUUAAUUUUUAUUUCAGAAGUCGCUAGCCGAACCGGCCGAAAUUGGCCUACUGCCGAUUAACGAAGAAGGCUCGGACAAUUUGCUAAUUCAUUUGAAGAAAGAUGAAGGCUGUCAGUGGGGCAUGGGAAUUGGCCGCCGCCCCCGGGGCAUCCUUAUCACGUCACUACAGCCCGGAUCCACGGCGGCCGAAAAACUGCACGUCGGCGACCGGAUUCUGGCUGUUAACGGUGUAGCUAUCUCUGAUCAGGUGGGCUUUUAAAACAAAUCAAUUAGUAAUGUCAUUUAGAAUGUCAUUUUUCUCAAAAAAAAGUUUUGACACUAGUAUGACAUUUGAAAGUAAAAGCUGUUUGAUGCAAAAAGAAUGGCGCACGUUAAAAGUUUUGAUUAUUUUUGGCUUUUUUAGAUCGUAUUUUAUCUCAAAUUGACUUAAAUAGUAAAAAUUUGUGGUUUUUGCUAAAAAGUACGGAAUGCCAAACAUGGCGCGAAUUUUUAAAUUCAAAUUUUUGGACCAAUUUUCUCGAAAACUAGCGAAUAUUGUGUUUUAAUAUUUUACAUCGUUAUUAGCAUUCUUAUCAGCUAUAACAAUGUUAAUUUUCAAAAACUUUCAAAGUGGUACUGUUUGGUACUUUUUGGUACCAAUUCAAAAAAAUUGCUCAAAACAUCAAAAAAAUCAAAUUGAAAUAUGGUGUCAUGUUUAUUGACAAUUUACCCACGUAUCAAUUACAGAACGGCGCGGUCACCAUGGUAAAAUCCUCAGGAAACAAGGUCACGCUACAAGUGGCACGACCAACACGAGUCCCAACUUCACAUUAUUAA